UGCACCUCAGAUGCCUUUCAAAUAUGCUUUAUGGGUUUGCAACAGGUUGCUUGGAGGGAUUAGAAGAGAAAAAGAAAAGUAAAGGAAAGGUGUAGAAGAGCAAUAUAGAUCAGCCCUAAUGGAAGGAAACCGAGGAGUUGGUGUUUCACGCUCUUAUUUGCUGGAGGUCCCUCCACUCUCAAGCCCCCUUACCAUGCAUCAAAUGGAAUUUGGGCAAGCAGAAGAGAAUCUCCAAGGUUUAGGCUUCAUGGUGCCAUCGCAUGGCAUCUCGUUUCCGGCUUCGACUGCUGGUCUUCCGUUUGAUAACCCCACCGCCGUCAACAGCGAGAAGCCUACUUCCAAGCCAGCUUGGAGCAACGAAGAGGUGGGGACCUCGGAUCCCAAAGUUGGCAAUGAUCAAAAUAGCUCUGCUAGAGAUGGUGUUAAUUCAUGGUGGAAGAGCGCAUCAUCAGAGAAGAGCAAGGUGAAGGUGAGGAGAAAGAUGAGGGAACCCAGGUUCUGCUUCCAAACUAGAAGCGACGUGGAUGUCCUAGAUGACGGCUACAAAUGGAGGAAAUAUGGACAGAAGGUUGUGAAGAAUAGCCUCCAUCCAAGAAGUUAUUAUCGUUGCACCCAUAGCAAUUGUCGAGUGAAGAAAAGAGUUGAACGAUUAUCAGAAGAUUGUCGUAUGGUGAUCACUACAUAUGAGGGCAGACACACACAUUCUCCAUGUGACGAUGCAAACACAUCUGAGCAUGAAUACUUCAACUCAUUUUGAUAAUUUACAAUAGAGUAAUGCUAUCGUUGUUCUGUAUUUUUAUCAAAAAUUGGAAAAUAUGUAAACAUGUGUUUUGACAUUAUAUUAUUAUACAUAAUUUGAGAACUGUUUAUUUUUAUGCCAAAAA